CGAUAAAAAAGUUUUAAAUACAAAAGAUACUUAUAAUUUUAGAGAUUGCUUGGAAAUAGAAGAAGUUUGGUAUCAUGGAUGCAUUGGAGCUGAUGCAAUGUCGCACAAAAAUAAUUCUUGUCUGUUCGCCCCAGAAAAAGUACUAUAA